GGAGGAAGAAGGCAGCGGUAUAAAGUUGCGCUCCUCUCAAGGCACACACAUCAGGCCAUUUGAAUGCGACACCACCCCUUCCCUUCCCUUCCCUUCACCUCGCUCAGCUAGUCAGGGACAGCCUUGCUCAUCAAUCCUGCUCGGGAGGUAGCUGCCCCUCCGGUGCCCCGGCGUGCGGCGAGCCGGCGACCCAAGCUGCACGAGAACCAGUCGACUGUCUUCUGUCUGACAAAACAGAUCAUGCCUUGCGCUACUGAGCUCGUCGAUGGCAAGGGCGGUGCGAUCAAGGUGGGCACAACAGGCACCAUCGGCUCACUGAUGACAAGAGAACUGGACGCCAUCAAGGUCGAGCCACAAGCAACUGCCACCCCGCGUCUGAGGCGCCAAGGAUGCCCGGUCUCAGUGUCCUGCGGAGCCACCCCCCGGAAGGUCGCCCUGAGGAAGAGCUCAUCAGACGUCUCCAGCAGCAGCAAUGGCAACAGAACUGACCGUGUGAGCGCUGAAGAGGCCUGCAAGUCGAGGAGGGCCUCGCGGAGAAACACAUUCAACUCCCCGAUGCUGCGCUCUGAUUGCGCCCUCGUGGACCGGAGCCCAAACACUGGUAAGACAAAGAAGAAGGGCAGUGUGUACGGUGUCGAGGUGGUGGACGUCAAGUGUGGUAACCCGAUGAGCAGCCGGCUCAGGAAGCUCGGCUUCUCCAAGCUGUCGGAGACGUUUGCCUAGCUUUGGUGGAGUUCGGGAAGGACCAUCGCCAUUCGCCAACAUCUGAAUUGAAGGAUGGCUGCUGCCCUUUCCCUCAGGGCGUCUUAGGCUUUAGAGGGCAUUGCCAUGUGCCAGAUUUAGUGCAGCCAGCAAUCAUCCACCUGACACCAUCCAUUUCAUCCUUGUACGUUGCCAAUGCAGUUUGCAUCUAGUAGUCACUUUUUUCCUAGCUGUUUUUCCCCUGUGGAAACUGCCCCUGUGCUCUGUGUAUGGCAUGUUGUUUCAUGAAAAGCAAAUUCCCAUCAGACACAAGAUCAUGAUGGAUGAUGAGUUUUUGCGUC